AUGUACCCAAAAAGCAACAAUCUUACACCUACUUUUCACUCAUUUGAAGCAUAUCGUCUCCAUAGCUCGAAGCUUUCUUCCGCUUCUCUCCGGCGUUCACGCAACCACAACUCCACCUUCCCCUUCCGUAAAGGGUACCUUCCACUUGUGAAACCGUAUAUGGUUGCAGUUCAGAGAUACAACGUGUCUGCUGUAAACGAGGCAUUGAACGAGAUAUAUGUGGAGGAGGAAGACUAUGACAGGCUGCACGAGUCUAUUGACUUGCACGAUAACUUUGACCAGACUGCCCUUGCACAUAAGAAUGAGAAACAUGAGCUACUAGAGAUGAGGCGUGUGGCUGCGUAUAUUUACAAGAAGGCUGGCAGAAAUGUAUCCCUUUUCAUUUAUAAUCUUAUAAAAUGUUUACAUUCCCAUACACAUAUAAGAAGUUAA